CGCGAGCGCCGGCCACCCGACCCCACAGCCCUCCACUCACUGCUCCUGUCUUUCGUCCUGCCCACCGCGCGCCCAAGCCCCCCUCGGUGAGGACGGCCCCAUCCUCUUCAAAGCGCUUGCCCCUCUGCUUGCCUCUUUCUCGCCGCGCCUCGCCCUCCUCGCGUGCAUUGCAAGAUGAACAUCUUCCGACUGCUGGCCGAUAUGGCCCACUUGCUGGCGAUAUGCUUGCUGAUUCUGAAGAUCGUCAAGUCCAAGUCGGUGGCUGGCCUGUCGCUGAAGAGCCAGCUGCUCUUCCUGCUGACAUACAGCUGCCGGUACCUGGACCUGUUUUGGCGGUUCAUCAGUGUCUACAACACGGUCAUGAAGGUCACCUUCAUCGCACUGACCGGAUGGACGUGCUACCUGAUCGGCCGCAAGCACAAGGCCACGUAUGACCGCGAGUUGGACUACUUCCCGGUGCUGAUGGCCCUCGUGCCGUCGGCCGUCCUUGCACUCAUCUUCAACUACGAGUUCUCUCUAUCGGAGAUUCUCUGGACCUUCAGUAUCUAUCUCGAGUCGGUGGCCAUCCUGCCCCAGCUGUUCCAGCUCCAGCGCAUCACCUCCUCCACCCCGGAGGCCAUUGCCACCAUCACCCCGCACUACCUCUGCGCGCUCGGAGCCUAUCGCGCUCUGUAUUUGGUCAACUGGCUGGUGCGCUACAUGUCCGAGGGGUACUGGGACCCGAUCGCCACCUGCGCCGGGCUCAUUCAAACCGUCCUGUAUGCGGACUUCUUCUACAUCUACGUCACGCGUGUGCUCAAGGGCAAGCGCUUUGCCCUGCCCAACUGAGGCUGGAAACCUCCUUGUACCCCUGCCCCCCAACACCGUCGCCGAUAUUGUCCC